AAGAGUAAACCCAAUUUUUAAGGAGAUUAGGUUGAUUUGGGUUGAGCCAACUUGGAUUUCAAUUGCCCAAACGAAGUUAUAAGGAGGUUGGAUUUCAAGUGAUAGAGGAUAAGCUGGAUUCUAGUAUUUUGAGUUUGAUUUAAAGUAGGAAGUUGAGAGUUUUUAGACAGUUAUUUUUAAGAUUUUGUUGGAGAUAAAGUUAAAUAAAAACUGUCAACUGCCAAAUAGCUGCCAAAUAGCUGCCAAACAUAGAACCCCCACUACUCGAUCAUGGUGAGAGAGGGCUGAGAAACAUGGAGGAAGUUUUCCAGCACCGAAGGAAAGAAAAACAGGGAGAAGAGAUUAGUUACAGACGGCCUGCCCUACCCACACACUGCACAGAGCAUGUUUUUCAACUUUCAAACUGCUUUUUCCAGAUUUCAGCAAUAGUUUCUAGAUUAGUUUACUAGAUCUGUUCUUGUUCAUAGCCUUAGGUUAGCUUUUUCCAUCUUUGUUCAUAUCUUUCGUCAAAGACUUCAAUUUAAGUUAAUUUUUAAGCAUUUGGAAGCAAUUCAGCAUACAAAACAGGUCUGCCUUGUUGAUUUGGCUAGUUCUUCUUUCUUUUAUGGAUUCAGUUAUGUUAUUUGUUCAUGUAAAUAAGUCGAAUGCUUUCUA